UUUUUUUUUUUCUUCUUCUUCUUCUUCUUCUUCUCUUACAAUGAGCUCUUGAUUCCUUUCUAUGUCUCAGCCCAACACCACCAACAACAAGCGUUCUUCCUUCAACACCACCACCACCACCUCCGGCGGCACCACCGGCAGCAGCAGGACUACCACCACUAGCAGUACCGGCGGCCGCGGCGGCCAUUUCCCGCCGAUGAAAAAGGCCAAGUCCCCGGCUGUCUCAUCUUCUCUUGACAACAAAAACGGAUUCCACUUUGACGCCGACCUCGACAGCCCUUCCCCCACGAUCGAAGACCCCAACCACUCCGAAGAAGUCGUCUCCGGCGGCGGCGUCGCCGCCAAUUUGUCCCGCAAAAAGGCUACGCCUCCCCAGCCCGCCAGGAAGCUCGUCAUAAAGCUCCUCAAAGCUAAACCAACUCUGCCCACAAAUUUUGAGGAAAAUACAUGGGCAACACUGAAGUUUGCUGUAAGUGCCAUAUUCUUGAAGCAGCCGGAUCCCUGUGACUUGGAGAAGCUUUAUCAGGCUGUCAAUGAUCUUUGCCUGCACAAGAUGGGGGGAAGUCUUUAUCAACGGAUUGAAAAGGAGUGCGAAGCACAUGUAUCAGCUGCACUACAAUCUUUGGUUUGCCAAAGCGAAGAUCUGGUGGUUUUCUUAUCAUUAGUGGAGAAAUGCUGGCAGGACUUUUGUGACCAGAUGUUGAUGAUUCGUGGUAUAGCCUUGUAUCUUGAUAGGACCUAUGUAAAACAGACCCCAAAUGUGCGUUCUUUGUGGGACAUGGGCUUGCAGCUUUUCCGAAAACAUCUUUCUCUAGCUGCAGAAGUUGAGCAUAAAACUGUAUUUGGCCUUCUGAAAAUGAUUGAGAGUGAAAGAUUAGGUGAAGCAGUUGAUAGGACUCUACUUAACCAUCUUUUGAAGAUGUUCACUGCUCUAGGAAUUUACUCAGAGAGCUUUGAGAAGCCAUUCCUCGAGCGCACAUCUGAAUUUUAUGCUGCUGAAGGUGUCAAAUACAUGCAGCAAUCUGAUGUUCCAGACUACUUGAAACAUGUUGAGGUAAGGUUGAAUGAAGAACAUGAUAGAUGCUUACUUUAUUUGGACGCAAGUACGAGAAAGCCAUUGGUAGCAAUUGCUGAAAGGCAGCUCCUUGAACGCCAUAUAUCUGCAAUCCUUGACAAGGGCUUCACAAUGCUGAUGGAUGGGAAGCGUACUGAGGAUCUUCAGAGGGUGUACCUUAUCUUUUCAAUGGUCAAUGCCCUCGAAUCAUUAAGGCAGGCCCUUAGGUCUUACAUCCGGAGAACUGGGCAGGGCAUUGUCUUGGAUGAAGAGAAAGAUAAAGAUAUGGUGUUCUGCCUCUUGGAAUUUAAGUCAUCUCUUGAUACAAUAUGGGAAGAAAGCUUCUCUAAGAAUGAAACAUUUUGCAACACUAUCAAAGAUUCGUUUGAGCAUCUCAUUAAUCUUCGGCAGAACCGACCUGCUGAGCUGAUUGCAAAAUUUCUAGACGAGAAGCUUCGUGCUGGAAAUAAAGGUACAUCUGAAGAGGAAUUGGAGGGUAUGCUUGACAGAGUCUUGGUUUUGUUCAGGUUUAUACAGGGUAAGGAUGUAUUUGAAGCAUUCUACAAGAAGGAUCUGGCAAAAAGGCUACUGUUGGGAAAGAGUGCUUCCAUUGAUGCGGAGAAGUCCAUGAUUUCCAAGUUGAAAACUGAGUGUGGCAGCCAGUUCACCAAUAAACUUGAAGGAAUGUUCAAAGACAUUGAGUUGUCAAAAGAAAUAAAUGAGUCUUUCAAGCAAUCUUCCCAAGCCAGGACAAAACUACCAUCAGGGAUUGAGAUGAGUGUCCAUGUUUUAACAACAGGGUACUGGCCAACAUAUCCGCCAAUGGAUGUUCGGCUUCCUCACGAACUCAAUGUAUAUCAGGACAUUUUUAAGGAGUUUUACCUAAGCAAGUAUAGUGGGAGGCGAUUAAUGUGGCAAAAUUCAUUAGGCCACUGCCUGUUAAAAGCAGAAUUCCCCAAGGGUAAAAAGGAACUGGCAGUUUCUCUAUUUCAGACUGUUGUUUUAAUGCUGUUUAACGAUGCUGAAAAGCUUAGCUUUCAAGAUAUUAAGGAUUCUACCGGCAUCGAGGAUAAGGAGCUGAGGAGGACUUUGCAAUCCCUUGCUUGUGGAAAAGUUCGUGUCCUUCAGAAGUUGCCCAAAGGGAGAGAUGUGGAGGAUGAUGAUUCAUUUUUGUUUAAUGAAGGUUUUACUGCUCCUCUCUACCGUAUAAAGGUAAAUGCAAUACAGAUGAAAGAAACUGUGGAAGAGAAUACGAGCACAACUGAAAGAGUAUUUCAGGAUCGUCAAUAUCAGAUUGAUGCUGCUAUUGUUCGGAUCAUGAAGACAAGGAAAGUUCUAAGUCACACGCUUCUAAUAACUGAACUCUUCCAGCAGCUCAAGUUUCCAAUCAAGCCAGCUGACUUGAAGAAGAGAAUUGAAAGCCUCAUCGAUCGAGAGUACCUUGAGCGAGACAAGAACAACCCUCAGAUAUACAACUACCUUGCCUAAACCGACUUUUUUCGAAUUAUAUGUUCUUUCUUGUAAAUGACACAGAAAAAAAGUGCAUCUCUGUUUCAGGAGGUCCAAUGUUAUCGAUCCCAUGUCAGAUCACGUACAGAGUAAUUUUAUAGCUUGUAUCUUUGUUGUCUCCAAAGACUAAUUGUAAAUCAUAAACUUGUGAUCACCUUCAAAGUUAUGCUACUUGUGCGAUGCAUGAAGGAGAUGAAAUAAGUUGAGCUUUCAGUUUAA